AUGCCUAGGCAGCAAGACGAAGCCAUUGGCAGGGUCGUGUAUAUCAGUCCAACAGCUGGUGAUUCGUACUUCUUAAGGAUUUUAUUAAAUAUUGUGAGGGGUCCUAGAGGUUAUGACGAGGUCAUAAACCCACUUAAGCUUUCGGACCAUACCUGGAGGUUAUUAGCUGCGGACAUAUUUUACAUUAAACGAAAGGAAUUUCGAUUUCUAGAACUUGACUUACAAGAUGAGCAGUUGAAGCAGUAUACUCUACUUGAGGUGGAAAAGCACGUGAAAGAACAUAAUCAGUCGCUAGCAGACUACGAUAAUAUGCCUCAGCCAGAUAAAUCAAUUUUAUCGGAGAUAGACAACCCAGAUUUACGUCAGGAACUGAUCUAUGACGUUAGGAAAGAGGCUGAGACGCAUAGACAAUUGUUUGGCGCAUUGAAUCAGGAUCAGCGGAAUGUAUAUGAUGCUGUUUUGAAGUUUGUCGAAGAUCAGUCGGGACAAUUGAUCUUUGUAUAUGGUGCAGGAGGAACGGGCGGGAGGACAGCUCACUCACGGUUUAAAUUUCCACUGAACCUAGAUGAUCGCUCGAUGUCUGAAAUUCACAAAGGGUCCAGCUUAGCUGCGUUAAUAUCUAAGGUGAACCUAAUAAUAUGGGAUGAAGCUCCGAUGGCACACAGACACGCGUUUGAAACACUAGACCGUUCUCUCAGAGAUUUGUUGUCGCAUGAUAACCCGUCGGCUGCGACCCAACCUUUUGGUGGCAAAACGGUGCUUCUUGGCGGUGAUUUUAGACAGAUCUUGUCAGUUAUCCCACAUGGAAAAAGGCCAGACAUGGUUCUCGCAUCCAUUAGCAAAUAUUAUCUAUGGAAAAUGGCACGAGUAUUCUCUCUAUUCAUAAACAUGCGACUGCGGCAAGAAGAUAAAGAUUUCGCGAAAUGGAUCUUAGAAGUCGGAGAUGGGGAAGCUGACACUUCUGAAACUUCACAUGAGGCAUUAGGAGAUGCUUCAUAUCCUAACUUCCUCCAGAACUAUCGAAGCAAGGAAUAUCUUAAAGAGAGAGUUGUCUUGACCCCUACAAAUAAUAUUGUACAUGAGGUAAACGCCUAUCUCCUCACCAAGGUCCCAUCACAGGCUAGAGAGUAUUUAAGUUCUGGUUCCAUUGAGUUAGAAGCUACACCGGAUGAUGACUGGACCAACCAUUACCCUCAAAAGUAUCUAAAUUCACUAGAAUUUCCUAGCAUGCCCAACCACAUAUUGUGUUUGAAAGUUGGAGCUCCAGUGAUGAUGCUGCGCAAUCUUAACAAGGAUCAAGGUUUGUGUAAUGGUACAAGAAUGAUGGUCAAACGACUUGGUAACAGGGUUGUUGCAGCCGAAAUCAUGGCUGGGACAGAUGUUGGAGAACAAGUUUUGAUUCCUAGGAUACAGCUGAGUCCCACUGACACCAUUCAUCCCUCGUCUUUCGUCGACACUAAUUCCCAAUCAGAUUGUGCUACGCCAUGA